ACACCAAGGCCAAGGAUGAGCAGUUACAGACUCGGAUACUGCAUGAAGGAAGAGAGACACAACCUUGUGCUAUGCCUGUGGUCACAGAGCCCUGGGAUCUUAAACUCCAAGUGCCUCUGGCCCUUCACCAACAUCCACCUUUUGGUUGGAGCAUUGCCAAGAGAGGGAGCAGGUGGAGCCUGGGGAGGAGGAAGAUCUGAGCAGCUGCCUACUUGCAGUACUACACAUCAUGACUUUACUUGGGACAAGAAGGUGGUGAACCCGCUGUUCGAGAAGCGGCCCAAGAACUUCGGCAUCGGACAGGACAUCCAGCCCAAGCGGGACCUCACGCGCUUCGUCAAGUGGCCGCGCUACAUCCGGCUGCAGCGGCAGCGGGCCAUCCUGUACAAGCGGCUGAAGGUGCCGCCCGCCAUCAACCAGUUCACGCAGGUGCUGGACCGCCAGACGGCCACGCAGCUGCUGAAGCUGGCCCACAAGUACCGGCCUGAGACCAAGCAGGAGAAGAAGCAGCGGCUGCUGGCGCGCGCCGAGAAGAAGGCGGCCGGCAAGGGGGACGUGCCCACCAAGCGGCCGCCGGUGCUGCGGGCAGGCGUGAACACCGUCACGACCCUGGUGGAGAACAAGAAGGCGCAGCUGGUGGUGAUCGCGCACGACGUGGACCCCAUCGAGCUGGUGGUCUUCCUGCCCGCCCUGUGCCGCAAGAUGGGGGUCCCCUACUGCAUCCUCAAGGGCAAGGCCCGGCUCGGCCGCCUGGUGCACCGGAAGACCUGCACCACCGUGGCCUUCACGCAGGUGAACUCGGAGGACAAAGGGGCCCUGGCGAAGCUGGUGGAGGCCAUCAGGACCAACUACAACGACAGAUACGACGAGAUCCGCCGCCACUGGGGAGGCAACGUCCUGGGGCCCAAGUCCGUGGCUCGCAUCGCCAAGCUGGAGAAGGCCAAGGCCAAGGAGCUGGCCACGAAGCUGGGGUGACCGCGGGCUGCUUGUACAUAAUGAAGCUGGUUUGUCCC